UACUAAACUACUUUGUAAAUUUCCAUUUUAUAACUCUUACAUUUGAUAAUUGUUGGUAACAGGGAGAUUGACACUGCUUUGGUAAGUGUGUGUGUGUGUGUGUGUGUGUGUGUGUGUGUGUGUACACAUUGUUUGUAACUGGUUGCUGCUACAGAAUGAGACUGGAGAGUCUUACAUUGCUGAAAUAUCCUGUGUUCUUUGUGUUUAAAGUUUCUACAAAUGAAUAAAUGAGAAUUGUAUUUUCUGGUUUUUGUACAAAACUCUGUUACGGAGCCAUUGUUGCUUUUUUAUAUACCUAUUAAGGAAAUAGUUAUUUUACCUUUUGCAUUUCCUAAUUAUUAUUUGUAUUUUGUUGUCUAGGUACUUAAGAGAUUAUGGCAUCUGAAAACCACAAUGUUAAGAAACGGAACUUCUGUAAUAAUAUUGAGGAUCAUUCCACUGAUCUUCCUAGAAAAAGGAUUUCUAAUUUCACUAAUAAGAACAUGAAGGAGGUUAAGAAAUCUCCCAAACAGUUGGCUGCUUACAUAAAUAGAACAGUUGGACAAGCUGUGAAAAACCCAGACAAACUACGUAAAGUGAUCUGUCGCAGAAAGAAAGUUCAUCAUCCCUUUCCGGAUCCUUGUUACAGAAAAAAACAGUCCCCUAGCAGUGGGGGCUGUGACAUGGCAAAUAAAGAAAAUGAACUGGCUUGUGCAGGCCACCUGCCCGAAAAGUUACGUCAUGAUAGUCGACCAUAUUUGAUUAAUUCCAGUGACUCUGGUUCUUCACAGACAGAAAGCCCAUCAUCAAAAUAUAGUGGGUUCUUUUCUGAGGUUUCUCAGGACCAUGAAACAAUGGCCCAAGUUUUAUUCAGCAGGAAUUUGAGAUUGAAUGUAGCUUUAACUUUUUGGAGGAAGCGAAGUAUAAGUGAACUUGUAGCCUAUUUGGUAAGGAUAGAAGAUCUGGGAGUUGUAGUAGAUUGCCUUCCUGUGCUCACCAAUAGUUUACAGGAAGAAAAACACUAUAUCUCACUUGGCUGCUGUGUGGACUUGUUGCCCCUAGUAAAGUCAUUACUUAAAAGCAGAUUCGAAGAAUAUGUAAUAGUUGGUUUAAACUGGCUUCAAGCAGUUAUAAAACGGUGGUGGUCAGAACUGUCAUCCAAAUCAGAAGUCUCCAAUGAUGGAAAUAUUCAAAUUUUAAAACAACAAUUAAGUGGGUUAUGGGAACAGGAAAACCAUCUUACUUUGGUUCCAGGAUAUACUGGUAAUAUAGCUAAGGAUGUAGAUGCUUAUUUAUUACAGUUGCAUUGAGAGAUUUCUACUACUAAAGGAGCAUUUGGUUUUUCAAGACAUCCUGGGACUAUAUGAUUUUCAAAAAUGGGCCUCUUGAGAACUGUGAACUAUGGAAGAAAUCAAAAUGAUUUUUUUCUUUUACGAAGCCACAUAAUGAAACCACUAAUGAAGCCCUAAGCAUCUACUUCACAUUGAAGUGGAAUAGUAUCCAAAAGGAGCAGCUUCAGCUUCAGUGAGGUGGAAGUGCACUAUGAAGAUUUUUCACCCUUGCUGCAGUUGAGAUCUGUAUGGUUAUUUGAUAACAUUGUUGAAGAACUACUGGGUCUUAAUGCAGUUAUGCAUAAGAAUAUAAUUUAUACUCUGGAAAAGUAAGACAAGACUUAUUACUAGAAAGUACAAAGACCAAUCAUAGUGGUUUUUGUUUCUUUUUUUUUUUUAAGAUUGUUUUAUAAAAAAACUUAAAUGUGUGCAGCUAUUUUCUUAUGUUAAAAAGACUUUUAAAGUGAAAAUAUCAAAGCAAAUAAUCAAUAUUAAAUUUUUGUGUUCAUAUUGAGAUGCUCUAUAUACAAAAUGCCUUAAUUAUUACUAAGCCAAUAUCAAUAUGUUAUGAUACCAAUAUCUGUUUAAAAAAAUUAAAACUGACCAUGCUUCUGGCAUGAUAAAAUCCUGGAAUUAAAUCAGGGAUUUACAUUCACAUAGAAUGUUAUUGUUCAGUGUAUUCCACUCAGUUUUAAACUUGAGAACAUUUUUAGUAUCUCUGAUUUUUUUUUCUGGCUGGAAUCAUCAUGCCAUGUAUGUAUGUAUGUAUGUUUUCCUAUAUAAGAAAAGGUGAAUAUGUGUUUGUAUGAAUGUGUAAUUGAAAAUGUCCAUGAAAUUAGCUAAUUUAUAUUCACUUUUUAUUGUAUAUAGAUUUCUAAUAUUUUCAUUUCUGUAUCAUUUAAGCUUCCUUCAUUUGAGUAAAUUCACUAAAUACUCCUAUUUUUUGCUUUUUUUACUUCUGAGUUUAUAUGAAUUCUAAUAAUUUCUUUUUACUACAUAUUUUAAAGAGUUACAUACAAUGCUUUAGAAUUGUUUACAGUUAAUACUGACUUUGUACUUUAAUUUCCAACACUUUACUACCUCUACUGGUUAGUAUAAAACUCCGACAGACUGUAUGAGGUCAUAAAGUUCCACUUUACUCUCAGCCUGAUUUGAAAAUGACUUAAGAACUCUAAAUCUUACCUAUAUUGUGGUUCAUACAUCAUCUCAUCUCUAAUAAACCUGAAAGAUGCUGAGCACAGAUUCUUUGGAAUCAGAUUGUUUAGUAUUCCUUCCAGCACCUGAAUUAAAAGCUU